AUGGAUUAUCACAAAAUAUUAAAUAUAUUAGUCACCAAAACAGACGAAUUAAAAGACAUUGACGAAAAACUAACUCACAUCCUGACAAAGGUCUCAGAGCUUCUGCCAGAAAACAUAAAGCUCGACCUAGCCGUUGAAAAGCAAAAAUCCUUGGACCAUUCCCCACGUCGUGAGUAUUUGUCAACAAUUUUGUGCAUUCUCCGAACCCUGAACACCGAAGUUCUGUCAAAAAGCAAGACCUACAUGAGCGUACGCGAGUACCGAGGCGUCAAGGCAGCGAUCGAGAUGUCAAUAUCCUUAGGAAUCCUCCCUUGUCUUCUCCCAGGCAUCGGAGUCGGCCUCACUAAAUUAUCCCGCAACGCUCCAAAACUCCCUCCAGAAUCUUUGACAUCUUGUCAGAAAUACGAACGUCUGGACCUGACGACCCGAACUUUAACUUGCUGCUACGAAGAAAUAUCCCUACGCCCAGCAAUCCUCGCUCACCUGGGCCCGGUGGUCGGCGCGCUGUGCCAGCUGGCGUUCGCACCGCUGGUGAAGCCUUCGGAGGACAACUCAUCGCUGAUGACUAAAGAGCAAUACUCAAAAUUCUCCGCAGACCAGGGAGAGUUUAAAGUACUUCUGAAGAACCUCAUCGACAACUGCCCGACUUCCCUCAUGAUGAAGGAGCUCAUGGUGCUCUCAGGCCUGGAGAAAGCCCCCAACUGGCUGAAAAAGACCACCAGGCUCUUCUUGAUAGACUUGAUCCAGCUUCCGAAUGGGGUUAUGUCCCUUAUCAACGCCACUUGCGAAAACUUUGACCUGGGACUUCAUUGGCAGAAACUGGACACCAUUUCUAGGUUGGUAGUAAAUUCUUCAACUGACCCCAAGUACUUUGACUCGAUCUGCAAGCAAUUUCUGAGAAUUCUAGCUUCUAAAAAUAUAAAACACGCAGCUGUAAUCGCCAAUGCGUUAAUUUCAACGCUGCACGAAGUUCAUCCUGAGAUUUGCGCCGAGAAGAUAAUAAAAGUACUCAUCUCAACUUUGUCUGUAACGAAAGAAGAUCUGAAAGAUAAAACUGACCUUGAGGUUGUUAAAACAGAGAGUCAAGUUGAAGAGUGUAUUGAAAAUUUGGUUAAAUGCUUCGUGCCUCAAUCUAAAUGCAAGUAUUUACCCGUUGAACUAAUCAAAAGUAUCUCACUGCCUCUUUUUUACUUACAUGUUGAAAUUCACACGAGUCCAUUGCUUCUUAAAUCCAAAGUUCGCCAAUUAUUAGUCCAGCUGCUAAAAGACGAGACUUUGACAGAAGAUUUAUUUAAAUUGUUUCUUCACAGUGGAGAACCGUCGCUGUUUUAUAGACUAGGGUCCAAUGGAGGUGUUGAAAUUGUCAGUAAAAAAAAUAAGGAACUAAAAUUAGAGGAAAAAGCUGAAAAAAUUGGAGAUAGUCUGCUAGAUUUGGUGAGACCAGAUGAAGAGUUGUCAACAAUCCUGCUUAAUUAUCUGCUAAACUGGCUGACCAACCAGACCAAUCAGGCUUCUAAGAGGAACGAUUAUUUGAGAAACGAGGAAGACCUGAUAGAUGACAUCUGCAAGCAGCUGAUCGCCGAGAAGCUGCUGAUAAGCCUCGCGAGUGUCCAGGGGGUACAACGCGGCUUGGUGAAGGCACCUUUGCCGUUGUUGAAUUUUGUUAAAGCCCUGUUCACAGAUUCUAGCAACUAUGAGUUAAUUUAUGCGAGCUUAAUGUUGGUUAAAGUUAUUUUAGACGAAAGACCGGAAGACUGGAGCCCGUUUGAGGAACUGGUGAGCUUCCUCCAGAAGAAAAAGGAUCAAUUUUCGGGAUCGGGGCUCGAGGAAUUGAUUGGAGAGCUUUCCAAGCUCGUGAGAUUGAGAGGAAAGGCGCCGAGGUUCCAGGACUUGAAUGUUAAUAAAAAAGAGAAUUUUGAUAAAGCGCUUCAGGAUCUCGCAGAUCCGUUGUUGCCGGUCCGGGCGCACGGGUUGAUGACCCUGACCAAGUUGAUUGAGACUUCCGAUCCUCAAGCGAUGGACAGGAAGGACUUGGUGCUCUGUUUGUUCAGGAAGAAUCUUGAAGACGAAGAUUCGUUUGUCUACUUGACCGCUAUUAAUGGAUUGUGUGCGAUGGCCAUGAAAUUUCCGAGAGACGUGGUUGAAAUUUUGGUCCAGGAGUUCGUAGACAUGGCAGGUCGUGAUAUCGCGGCGGAAAAUCGAGCGAAGUUGGGAGAAAUAUUGGUCAAGACUACGAAAGGGCUCGGAGACAUGGCGCCGGCGUAUAAAAAUAUCCUGAUCAAUGGGUUCCUCUGCGGGGUCAGGGACAAAGAUAGCAUGGUUCGCGCGUCCAGCCUUUCGUGUCUCGGGGAACUUUGCAGAGUGCUUGGAUUCAAGCUGGGACACGCAGUCACGGAAGUGCUCUAUUGCGUGGGGAAGAUCAUUGAAACAGACAGGGAGCAAGAGUGCAGGAGAGCUGGGGUCUUGGUUAUCAAUUUACUGAUUCGCGGACUUGGCAAGGAUGUACUCACGGACCUCGGCUCCGAUUUACUCCCGGUUUACAGAGCGCUUAAGUUUCUGAGGGAUAAUGAUAAUGAUCAAGUGCUUCGGCUUCAUGCCCAAUUAGCGCUUGAGGAACUUGAUGAUAUUGUUAGGGAGUUUUUGUACGCUAAACCUUUGCUGCAAAAAAAUAUUUAUUUGAUUUCUUAGAUUUAGAAAUUUUUAUGGUACUGCAAGUAUGUUUAUUAA